AUGUCGAAAGACCCCGCAGCGCACGCGUUGGCGUUCCGCGUGAUGCGCCUAUGUCGCCCCGCGCUACAGGCGGAUCUUCCGCUGCGCUGCUCCGCGCACGACCUCUGGCUGGGGGAAGACGACCCUCCGCUCGCCUCUUCCGCGCCCCCGCCCCCCGACGACGCCGUCAGCACCGCCGCCACAGGGCUUGGCGGAGCUGGUCUCAGCGGCGCUGGGGGGGCGCGCGCGAGUGCGGGGGACGGGGGGUCGGGGCGGGGGUUGGGUGUAGUAGGCGCGGCGACGGCGGCGGCGGACAGUGAUAAGUACUUCGCGAGCCGCGUGGAGCUGAGAUCGCCGCUAGACGCGCUAGGGUUGUCAGGCAUGCUGGUGCUGCCACAGUCGUUCGGGUCUAUCCAUCUGGGGGAGGCGUUCUGCAGUUACAUCAGCGUUGGUAACCACAGCGACCGCCACGUCAGCAACGUCGUCAUUAAGGCGGAGCUACAGACAGAGCGGCACAGAGUGGUGCUGGCAGACAACUCGAGCAGCCCUCUGGAGCGCAUUCAGGCGGGCGGCAGGCAUGACUUCAUCAUCGAGCAUGACAUCAAGGAGCUGGGGUCGCACACGCUGGUGUGUUCAGCGCACUACAUCGACUUUGGCGAGCACAAGGUGCUGCCGCAGUACUUCAAGUUCAUGGCUGCCAACCCCCUCUCCGUCAAAACCAAGGUGCGCACCAUCCGCGAGAGCACGUUUCUGGAGGCGUGCAUAGAGAACGGCAGCAAGGCAGCGCUGUUCCUCGACCAAGUGCGCUUCGAGCCCACUCCCGCCUGGCAGGUGGCCCAGUUAGAGCCGGAGUUCACAGGCAAGGAGGAGGAAGAGGAGGAGGAUGGAGAGGAGGGCGCCAGGGAGGAGUGGGGAGGCGCAGCAGUGGCAGAUGAGGAGGACGACACAGUCACAGGGGUGGCAUGGAGUGAAGUCAGGUGGUGCCUGCCUUUCCGCUUUGUUGUCGCUCUAAGGGAGCUUUCUUUCACCUUAUACCAGAAGAAAGAGAGAAAGAAAGUUCCUUCAUCACCUCGUUUCCUCCCUCCUUCCGCACCUCGUUUCCUCCCUCCGUCCGUCCGUCCGUCCGUCCCUCCCUCCCUCCCUCCCUCCCUCCCUCCCUCCCUCCCUCCCUCCCUCCCUCCCUCCCUCCCUCCCUCCCUCCCUCCCUCCCUCCCUCCCUCCCUCCCUUCUUCCUCCCUCCCUCCCUCCCUCCCUCCCUCCCUCCCUCCCUCCCUCCCUCCCUCCCUCCCUCCCUCCCUCCCUCCCUCCCUCCCUCCCUCCCUCCCUCCCUCCCUCCCUCCCUCCCUCCCUCCCUCCCUCCCUCCCCGUCCCCAUCUACCCAACCGCAGGGCGCUAUUCAAGCCGGUGGACCUGAUUCGAGCCAACGGCGGGACACGGCACUUCCUCUACCACCUGCACAGAACGCCCCCACCCCCUGCUGCCGCCGGGGGAGGGGGGGCGGGGGAGGGAGGCGGGGGCCUGGCGAAGGUGGAGGGGGGGAACACGCUGGGGCGGCUGGAGAUACUCUGGCGCUCCACACUGGGGGAGCCGGGGCGACUGCAGACCCAGCAGAUACUGGGGAAUGUGAGUGGGGAGCAGGCCCAUAGCGCGCAAGGAGGUGGAGUUGAAGCUCGUCAGCCUGCCCAGCAGAAUCGUGCUCGAGCGACCCUUCCUCGUGCACUGUCGAGUGCACAACAACAGCGACCGCCCGCUAGGCCCGCUGCGCAUAGUCAUUGCGCGGGACGAGCCCGUCACUACCACCACCCCCAGAGCCAUUGUUGUCAGCGGCCCCUGGACCAUGACCAUCAUCAGCAUCGCUCCAAACUCGUCAGCGGAUUUCAACCUGUCCAUGGUUGCACUAGCAAGUGGCGUGCACAAGAUAUCAGGGGUGGGGGUUGUGGAUGCACGGGACUCCAAGCCAUACGAUGCACUCACUCCCACCGAG